ACGUGUGGGCCGCGCGGGUCCCGCUCCCGCCAUGGCGGCGCUGCCCGGGCCGCGCAAGCGGAGCGGCCCCGCGCUCUGCGGGGRGAGCGGGGCUGCGGCCGCCCCGCCGGCGUUCCGGAACGGCCUUCCCCCGCACAAGCGCCCCAAGAGCGCCGCCACUGGGAUUGUGGACCCCUUCGGGGACUGUGAUGACUUCACGGCGGACGACCUGGAGCAGAUCGAUAUCCUGGCUUCGCAGGCGCUGUCGCAGGAUCCGCCCGCGGGACACGCGUGGGGAGCUCCGGAGCUGCUCCGGGGCGGGCGGCAAGCAGGAAGCAGGGCAGAAGAUGGUCUGAUGAGAGAUGCAUUCCAGUUUGAAGUGCUGCAGACACAGCAUGAAGAAGUCAAACAGAAGCUGAAAGAAAUGCAGGAUCAAAUUCUCACUAAAAAUGGAGAAAUUAAAAUUCUGCGUGACUCGAUGCAGCAGAUGGAGCAUGCUAUAGAGGAACAGAAAAGAUCAUACCUGCUACUGGAACAGCAAAAAUCUCAGAUUUUAAGUGAAAAAGAAAAAGAAUUCUCCAAAAAGUUGCAGUCCUUGCACUCGGAGCUGCAGUUCAAGGAUGCAGAAAUGAAUGAAUUAAGAACACGACUUGAGAACUAUGAAAGAAAUAAACACRUUUCGCAGGCAGUUCCAACAACAAGCCCCAAAAAGAAUCUUGCGGUACAAGUGAAAUCAGAAGGAUGCUCUUUACAGCCUGGAAAACGAUCUUUCCCUACAAAGGAAUCCUUCAAUGCUGAAACGUCCACUAGGCUGUUGUGUUCUUCAGGAAAUUUGAUGGCUUCAACUACUUUAAUCAAAGAAGACAGUAAGAUAACCCUUCCUGAAGUGUCAUCCCUGAAGCAGCACAAAGCAACGGGAAAAAACGGUUCCUACAAMUCUGUCCCCAAACAAAAUAUACAAGGUUCUAUUUUGCUGAAUGCACUGAUGAAGCAACCCAUUGUCCCUGGGUCAUUUCUAGGACUCUGCCACCUUCUUAGCAGCAACCCUGAGUCUCUACCUGGAGUUUCCUUGCCACCCAACUCYUUGGAUACGAAGUCCACACAACUCCCCAGCAGCAGGACAACUCAAGGAGAUGGUCCUCUUGUAUCCCUGCAAGAAGCUCAAAAACUGGCAUUAACAGGAUUGAACCUGAUUGCUCUGGAUGAAGGAUUACCUGAGGGAAGGCCAGCAGAAGGCAGGGCAGGGCUCCUGCCCCUCACACAGAGCAGGAUCCGAGGUGCUGUGCAUCUCCUGCCCUUGGUGGAGCACCACGUUGGUGCUUUGUGCCGAGCAGAGCAGCUCGGGGUCACACCAGGGAAYGGGACCUGUGGAACCCAUUCAGCUGCUGCUUCCAGAACCAGCACAAACACMGUGUCAAGCAAGGACGACUUCAGGUUGUCUCUUGAAGAAACUGCUCUUGUAUCACUGGGGAUUCUUUAUUAUUUGGUGUUCUACAGCUGGGAUGUUGUCCACACACUGCUGUCUGCUGAAGUGGAGAAAAGUUCUGCUGCUGGAGAUGAACAGGUUUUCAAGAUGGACAAAAAUGUGUUGUGUGACAAUCAGUGUGAUAAUAAAGAAGAGAGCAGGACACAAGAAGGGYUGCCUGCAGCUCCACAGGAWCCUCCUAAUAAUGAUGGAGCUCCACAUUCCUUGUUUAAAAAGCUGCUUCAGAUUUUAGCUUUUUCUGCUGCAAGGGGCUCCCAGACUGACAAUAUCCUGAGCCAAAGCCUCAAGGUUUUGGUGAAAUUAGCUGAAAAUUCAACAAUAGACUUGUUAAUAAAUUUCCAGCACUUACUGAGUAACCAGACACUGCAGCGCUGUCUGUGUCCCGAGACCCCUCUGCCUGCUGUGCUCCUGACUGUGAGACUCCUGUGUGUUCUUGCUCAGCACCACGAGUUGGUUACUCAGCUCUGUUCUCAUUCAGACACCUGCCUGCUUCUUGCACUCUAUAUGUACAUAACAUCAAGACCAGAUAAAUCAGCAUCUGAAAUGCUUUGGCUUCAGCUGGAGCAAGAGACAGUCAGGCUCCUGACACGCUGCAUGUGGUGCUCCAGACCAGCAGUGUUAUUUCCUGGCACAGACUGUCAGUGCAGCCUCGAGGUGAUUAAGGCACUAAUUGUAAUGUUGCACAGACAGUGGAUGAAGAUUAGAAGAUCUGAGACCAGCUUGUGUGCACAUAAGGARCAAGUUAUUCAGUUUUUACGGGAUGCUGUUUUACUGUUGCACAGCCUGUCUCAGAAAGAUAAACUGUUCCAUGAACACUGUUUGGAAGUUCUCCAUCAAUAUGACCAAGCCAUGCCAGGCAUAAGAGCCAUUCUCAAAAAGACUCAAAAACUGACUGCCUCUGAAGAGCUGAUUUUGGAUGAAUUGUAUCCUCCUGAGCCAGAAGACCAAGGAAUGGACUCCAGCUAGCCAACAUCAAAGAGCAAAAAUCUCUGUCCUUCCUCUUUCUGAAUCAUCWUUGCCAAUGUGCCUGUGAACUUUAAAUCGUCCUUUUAAGUGAUAAUUGUAGGUUGCACUCAAACACAGCACAACUGAGAUGUUUCUUUGCUGUUAUUUCAGUGCCAUUUCAGUGUAGCUGAAAGSAAAGGAAUUUUGAUGAGAGUGAUACUGCUGUUCAAACCCACUCAAUGGCUUAUGACUGGUUCUGGUUAUUAAUUUCAUCCUGUAUGAAACUGCUGUGAAUGGAAUGGAAAUUUCUCUCUGUUCUCUMUUUUACUGUGACCACAGCUGAAUUUAUGAUGCUGAAUAUGUUGAGGUGUUUGGCAUCACUACAUUCAUAUGACGCCUUUUGAACACACUUGUUUUGUUUGUAGCUGUAACACUUUUCCGUGAGACUUCCACAAUUUUCAUAUUGUUGAUAUUAGUAAACAGUUUAUGGUGAUUUUAAAAACCCUUCUAGAAAUAACUYAGGAGUUGGCAGAUCACUAGAGGGCUUUGAAUUUCCUGCUGAGGGUUGGGCAUCUGAGUUCACUCAGUUUCAUGAAUCUUUUGGAAAUGUAACUACUGCGAUGACAAAAUGAAAAAUACUACAAUGUACAUUUUAUAAUUCACUUUAAAAAGAGUAAGAUGGUACAGCUGCCRAGUGCAUCCUAGGCAAUAGCAGGAUAUCUAAAUGUGUGCAGAAUGACUGGGAGGGUUUUGGUCAUAGUGAAAAUGUUCAGUUUUCAACAGGGAGUUGGUUAAGAAAGAGCCUUAAACCAGGUACCAGGAGGACAAGAGAYUGUACUAGAGUGGGAAGGAAGCCCUUGGAAAACUGGAAAGCAUUCAGUUCUSUGGUCAUGCCCAAAGAGGCUGUUGCCUGCCCUGGAGCAAAGAGCCCACUCCAGUGUGCUCAGCAAGCUCUUGGCUUGGCUUUGGCAAAGAACUUUCCCAGAAAUGUGGAAGAAUCAGGAUAAUCAGCAUCUCCCGAGGGCCAAAGCUCCUUCCUCCUCCCCAUGUGGGCUCAGCCUCCUCCUCUCUGAGCAGCAGCUGCACCAGGCAGGGCCAGGUCAUUUCUGUGAAACACAAGCUGCCCACUGCUCCUCUCAGUUACAGGUUUCAGGUCCCUUGUAGCAUCUGGAAAACAGCCGUUUUCCUGCUGAAAUGCAGCAAGGAAGGAUGCACAGGCCUAAGCAGCAAAGCUUUCAGAGUCUGUGUGGGCUUGCAUGGUCCUGACCCUGGAGCUGUCACCAGGGCCAUGGACAAGCUGUGCUGCAGAGGCUGGUGUGACAAAAAACAUUUGACUAGUCCAUGUAAAUUAAAUAAGCAAAUAAACAAAGCAACCCAAAAAAAAGAUAAAACCACUGAACAGCAUUUGCUGGUCUUCAGGAUUAGAGAGAAGAGCUGGAAGAUGUCAUGUAAAAGCCCUUUAAGAAGAGCASAGGGAGCAGGAGCUGUGGUACAGCAGUGACUGGCUGUGAGCCUGCUGUGAGGGGCAACCUUAGAGCUGUCCAACAAAGAUAUGACAGUCACAGKAUCUCAGAUAUCCMAGAAYGGAGUGAUCUGCCAUCAC